AUUAUAUAGUGAUUCGCCGAAAUGUUUAUCGAUUUUUCUCGGAAAUCAAACGAAUAUAAAAUUUUUAUUUCGUUUGGUGGCCAUUGUUCACGUAGGGAGUCUUGAAAUCUUGAAUUCUUCCCGAGUCACAAGCUGGGAAGCAGUGACCAAACACAUAACAGAAGGAAGGAAUUUAAAGGACAUAUAUGAUUACAACGCCACCUGGUUUUGAGAAACCAUACGGUCAGACUUACGGUCAGUGUACAUGUAAGCAAGUAUCACCUGCAUUCCAGCAAGUUGUUAGUUGCCAUCAAGAUGUAUGUGUGAUGUUGCAAGACUUUACACAGGAUGGCCGACGAGGGUGAGCAUUACCAUUCCUCGUCUGAUGAUAAUUCUGAUGCCUCGUUGUUUGACACAGAUGACGACGACGACGUCACAGACUAUGCUGAUCAGGCAGAUGACGUCUUGCUUGACGAUGACGGAGAGGAGACAAACGACGAGGAAGAAUUCCCAGAGGAGUCUGACACUGAACUCUCGGAUGAGGAACCAGAGGAGUCGUAUAAAGAUGACGGUGAAAACGAGGAAAAUCCUGUUAGACUGCGGCGGUUUAAUGCCUCCAAGUACGUCUGCGAACAUUUCUACGGGCAAAACGUGACGCCAAGGCAUUUAAACAUCCUGACAGACUUUGUGGAUGCAGAGAUUUUCAUGAUUGAUGGCGACUCGUUGCUUUUUGAACUUCUUGGGGAGGAGAGCCUGGACUGGAGUCAUGGUGGACAGUUUCUGCACCUCACCUAUCUAUUGGAGCGAUUUUUACAAUAUUUCACAGACAAAGGUGGCGUUUUCCACAUCGUCUUUUUCAAAGACAUGGAGACCAUCUGGAACACUCAACCGUCCAUGCUGCUAGCUCGCCAAGCUCUUAUUCUUCAUCUUCAGUGCAACACACAAUUUACCGUUGUUACGUCAAUCGACCAUUUCUGGGGCGAGCAGUGGAAAGAAUACGUUCAAGACAAAAUGCCUGCAUUUAUGCUUCUAACAGAUGCGGAAAACAUUCCUUGGAAAACAAAAACAGGGACAAAGGCAGACUCGGCCAUAGAGUUUCUCUUCCGGAGCCUCCUGAUGCAUUGCCUUGGACAAGGAUUAAACUGUGUGUUUAUAUCGGGUAUCCAGAUGACUGCAACCAAGGUAAUGGGAUUCUACAUGGAGUCCUUAGCAAAACAUAAAGCUUCCAUGAGAAAGCAUGGGAAGUCAGUCUGGAAGAAAUGGCAAUCUCUUAUGAGAUAUUGGCGUGAUCAGACAUCAGGGAAUAACCCCGGGGAUGCGGGAACGUCUUCUCAGUCACAAUGUCAGACUGAUGUCAAAGUAGAAGUUCAAACUGCCCUUCAGUCUCCACCACAAGGCGGCUGUCGUGAGCUGGUCACAGUCCUCGUCUGCUCAAACGUCCUUUGUAAAGUUCUCAGCGGACCUGACAUCAGUGAGGAAACGGUAGAAACGGCCGAAAACAGAAUGAAGCUUUUCCUACUUCACACUGUACUGCUUAACAAGCUACCACUGAAGUACAGAGCGCAGUCUGUAAACAGCACCUUGUUGGAUGAAUUCUCUAAAACACAAGAUGGUAAAGUUUAUCCCUUCCACGAGAUUCACUCAAGUUUAUGGGAGAUUUUAAAGUCAAUGGAUGACAUAAAUGCUGGCAAUUCAUUAGACAUGACUUCAAUGGCAGAUCUAAUGGACGGGCGUUUUCUCCACGCUCUCAUCUGCCUUUUCUUUGAGCAUAGGUCCAAGGAAUUGGAAGGUCCCAAUUUGCCAGAGAGUGUAAUCAACGAAGCGGAGGCUGCCUGGAGUAAAGUGGUCGCUACUGUGAAUAACGUGCAUCCUGAUUCCCUUCAAUCUCAAUUUUACCCCUUGUUUGCCGAGCGGGUGACGGAACCUUUAAUGGUAGAAGAGGGACGUUAUGAGCCAGACCCCGCUUGUGUGAAGCUCCAGCGUCUCCUUCAGGUUCAAAACCUGCUUGUGAAUGAGUAUGCUGGGGACAUGAGGACAAAAAUUAACGCCAUGGCUGGAGACGAGGAUGGAGACGAGGUAUUCAACGUUGGUCGGGAAUUUGAUGAACGGUAUCACUGGCAUUCCCUGAGGCCUCUUUCUGAUGAUUUCGACAGAACAAAGGCAGACGAAGAUAAACCUCCAGAUGAUCCUUAUCAAAGAAAAUGGUAUUUUAAAAGGAAGCAGCAAUACACUCGCUUUUUAAGAUUUUAUGGCAACUCACUUGUUGGCGGCAUCGACCAAGCAAAGAUCAUCACUGUCACGGAGACUGAGGCUAAGAAGAAAACAGGAAAAAACAAGCAAGGGAAGAUGAGCAAGAAGGCAGCUCAAAUUAUUGAAGAGAAUAAGCAAAAAGGAAUAGAGCAAGCAAAGGAAAAAGAUCAAGAAAAGUGGCAUUCUAUUUUCAAAAAGUUCGACAGCAACUUGAAGAAUGGCAACUACGAUGCCGCCUUGCAGGUGGUUGAUAAAUUUGAAUCCGAGUGCAAAUCUCCUGAAUUUCGUCUCAAAGCGCUCAUGAAAAAGGCACGGGGUUCCUUCGAAGCCUGGAAACAUACAAGAACAUGCGAACCUAACUCGAACGAUAUGAAGUACCCUGUCCUUCUGAUGGACAGUGUGCAGAAAAUUGCUCAAGGUUUCCAAAGUCUUCUCACGGACAAAGACAAAAAGAAACUUGCCGGAUACAUCCAAAAGCUGGGCUUCGAUGACGUUGCUGCCAUGUUUUACGAUUUGCAACCAGAAAGUGGAAAACGGGCCGUAGAGCUUUCGGUUCAAACUACAAGCGAAAGAUUCCAACUGGAGCACAUGGGACAUUUGUUGAAACGAGACGAACGCACGGAUGCUGAUCCCAGAGUGGAUCACUUUAUUCCGGAUACUUGGCAGGUAUGUUAUAUAUUUGAUUACUGAUGAAUUCAUGUAUUGUGUAAGGUCAAUCGAGGACAGGGGAUUAAGAAACGCAAGUAUUUCCUAAAA